CCCGCUGCGUAAGGAAGGCACUUGGUCGGAAAGGGACGCAAAAUUAUCGCAGCUGAGAGCCCAUCGCACUCGCAGUCUGAAGAAGCGUUGCAUUACAUGUACGCACUCUGUACAACUCGUUCCAGUUCAUAGGCUCGCAAAACUUUCGACACUCGAGGUGAGAAUGGCUGACCCGGCGCAGUCGAACAGCGAUGGAGAGGAGGCUAGCGCACCCAUGAGAGGCUUCGCGCGACAAGGUGCCCUGAGACAGAAGAACGUUCACGAGGUGAAGAAUCACAAGUUUAUCGCGCGCUUUUUCAAGCAGCCCACUUUCUGCAGCCACUGCACGGACUUCAUCUGGGGAUUUGGGAAGCAAGGAUUUCAGUGUCAAGUCUGCUGUUUUGUGGUGCACAAGCGCUGCCAUGAAUUCGUUACCUUUUCCUGCCCUGGAGCAGAUAAGGGUCCUGCAUCAGAUGACCCACGCAGUAAGCACAAGUUCAAGGUCCAUACAUACUCCAGCCCGACCUUCUGUGACCAUUGCGGCUCUCUGCUGUACGGACUUAUCCACCAGGGCAUGAGAUGUGACCACUGCAUGAUGAACAUCCAUAAGCGCUGUGUGGCCAAUGUGCCGAGUCUGUGUGGGACUGACCACACUGAGAGGAGGGGCCGCAUCCAAAUCACCGCAGAGAUCAAGAACAACGUGCUCACCGUCAGCAUUAAAGAGGCAAAAAACCUGGUGCCCAUGGACCCCAAUGGCCUAUCCGACCCUUAUGUCAAACUAAAACUCAUCCCUGACCCCAAGAGUGAGAGCAAACAGAAGACCAAGACCAUCAAGUGCUGCCUGAAUCCAACGUGGAACGAGACCUUCACAUUUAAUCUGAAAGAUUCAGACAAAGACCGCAGACUGUCUGUGGAGAUCUGGGACUGGGACUUGACCAGCCGUAACGACUUUAUGGGCUCUCUGUCUUUUGGCAUCUCUGAGCUUCUGAAGCAAGGAGUGAAUGGAUGGUUUAAACUGCUCAGCCAGGAAGAGGGCGAGUACUUCAAUGUACCUGUCCCAGCAGAGGGCGAAGAAGGCAACGAGGAAUUCCGGCAGAAGUUUGAGAGAGCUAAAAUUGGUCCCAGCAAAACAGACAGCUCCUCCGCCAAUGCCAUCUCCAAAUUCGACAGCAAUGGCAACCGGGACCGCAUGAAACUGUCUGACUUCAAUUUUCUUAUGGUUCUGGGCAAGGGUAGCUUUGGAAAGGUCAUGUUGGCCGAGAAGAAGGGAGGAGAUGAGCUGUUUGCGAUAAAAAUACUUAAGAAGGAUGUUGUGAUCCAGGAUGAUGAUGUUGAAUGCACUAUGGUGGAGAAGAGAGUGCUGGCCCUGUCAGGAAAACCACCUUUCCUUACUCAACUACACUCCUGCUUUCAGACCAUGGACCGCCUGUACUUUGUGAUGGAAUACAUCAAUGGUGGCGAUCUCAUGUACCAUAUCCAGCAGGUUGGCAAGUUCAAAGAGCCCCAUGCUGUGUUCUAUGCCGCGGAAAUUGCCAUAGGCUUGUGCUUCCUGCAUUUGAAGGGUAUUAUAUACAGAGAUCUAAAGUUGGAUAAUGUCAUGUUGGAUGCGGAGGGUCAUAUUAAAAUAGCUGACUUCGGCAUGUGCAAGGAGAACAUGUUUGAUGGAGUCACCACCAAGACCUUCUGUGGGACCCCCGACUACAUUGCCCCUGAGAUUAUCGCUUACCAGCCGUAUGCAAAAUCUGUGGACUGGUGGGCUUUUGGAGUUUUGCUCUAUGAGAUGCUGGCUGGGCAGCCCCCGUUUGAUGGUGAGGAUGAAGAUGAGUUGUUUCAGUCCAUCAUGGAGCAUCAUGUGUCCUAUCCAAAAUCCAUGUCCAAGGAGGCUGUGGCCAUCUGCAAAGGGCUGAUGACCAAGCACCCAGGGAAGCGGCUGGGCUGUGGCCCUGAGGGUGAGCGAGACAUCAGGGAACACGCUUUCUUCCGUUACAUGGACUGGGAGAAGUUGGAAAACAAGGAAGUUCAGCCACCUUUCAAACCAAAAGUUUGUGGCCGGGAUGCAGAGAACUUUGACCGCUUUUUCACCCGCCAUCCUCCGGUUCUCACCCCUCCAGACCAGGAGGUCAUCAUGAACCUCGACCAAGACGAGUUUGAGGGCUUUUCCUUCAUAAACCCUGAAUACCCUGCCAUGGAAGCCCAGAGUUAAGGGCGACCCCUUAAACUAACCCAACCCUCCAUCAAACCUCCCCUUCAUCAAAACUCCUUAUGUUUAUAUACUAUAUACACAGCAUGAAACUGGCAUGUAUAUGUACAUAAACAGACAUGCAUCAAAACUAAACCAUCUCUACACAUGCAUGCAAUAUAUUCGCAUUUCGUAGAUCAGUCUAAAGGUUGCUACGACCCUCAUGACAUUCCAUUGAAUGUAUCCAUGCUGGAGAAACAUUUAGAAUCUAAAGGCCUUUUUGCACACAGGCCAUCUUUAUACUAUUUGUACAGCUUUCCUGAAUGUGGUGUGUAUUGCAUAGAUCUCUGUACUAAACUACCUUCAGACUGUGUUUGUUCCAGCUCCGUAGGUGUUCAGAUUCAGCCAUUUGCACUACGGUGCAUGACUCACAUACAAGAUGCAUAAUGGCUACCCUCGCUCUACUUGCCCUGCCUUUAUGACAUAGUGAUAUUGUGCUGAUUUUAUAGUCAUGUAUACCUUUAGUCAUUAUUGCCUGUUUCCAGAUUUCAAAAAAGGUUUUUGCAUGAUUUUUUUACAUGUUAUUUUGUUUGUUAGCUCUAUAGUGAAACCCAAUCAUGAUUUUGGUCACUAUUUCAAACCCCUGGACACUGACUUGCAUUGUACAGGUAGGAUGGUAACAUACAUUUAGCAAAGGUUUUUUUUUAAAGCAUGAGUAAUGUUACUUUUAUAGGAUGCCUGUAUUCAGUUGUUUGCGUGUAUGUGUGAAUACAGGCCAGUAGAGCUUGUGUGGAUGUGCCUGAAUGUAGAAGUAAUCUGCUUCUUUUGCCUGAUCAUCUCACACCAUCAGCAAACACUCCCACCCCUGGUCUCUUUUAGGUCCCAUAUACAGGAAGCAUGACUCCUGUAUUGGAUUCUUCCUUGUUUAACACUUGACAUCUGAUUUUAGGCACUGCUUAAUGGGAUAAGUUCACCCAAAAAUGAAAGUUAUCUCAUUUACUCACCCUCAUGUUGUUUCACCCUUUAUAACUUCCUUUCUUCUGAGGAACACAAAAGGAGAAGUUAGGCAGAAUGCUUGCCUCAUCACCAUUUAUGAUGCCAUUAAGGUGAAUGAUAAUGGAGACUAACACUCUGACUAACAUCUCUUUUUGUGUUCCUCAGAAGAAAGGAAGUCAGACAGGUUUGAAAUAACACAUUUUUUAUAAAUUUUUUCAGAUGAACUAUCCCUUUAAAGUUCAGUCAGAUUUUAUCAAGAGGUAUUUGACAGGUAUUAAAUAUCAACUACCACCUCUUAGAGACAAUUACAGAGAGAACAAACAGAACAAGUGCUAAUAUCAGAAAUGACAUAGUGCUAGUCUGCAGCCAAUAGCCUUUACACUCAGCACAAGGCCCAUCAGCCAUAUACUCUAUGUAGUGAGAGUUUAAUAUACUGACUCAUGUGUUAGAUAUGAACGUUAAUGGUUAUGAGCUAGGAUCCCCACUCCAUGAUUGGUCUAUAUAAGGUUAUCAGUCUACACUGCUGGUACAUAAAAAGACUUAAACCAGCCUGUAGACAGAAUCAUCUUUCAAAGCCAUUAGGGUUUACGACGACAAAGAAAUUAAUUGUCACCCAUGGGUGAUAUCUUAAAAUGACACCCUGGUUUUUCAUUGAGAUUACUGAUUGGGAGUGUGUAUGAGCAAAUUAGUCUCGUAGGGAUGCAUUGAUAUAGCUUUGUAUAUCUUCAUUGCACGUGAAUGAUUCCAUCUUGAAGCUUGUCGAUAGAGAACCACUGUAAACCUUGUGAUAAUAUGCUGAAGAACUGAUAAGACUGUUUGGUAUGUGAAAACACUGAAUGAAUACCACAGUUUUUAUGGCAUGUAAUAUUACAUGAAGGCACAGUUGAAGUUUAGAAGAAAAGGGCAAAAAGGAUGACUAAUUUGCAGCAUGAAUUUUUAGAGAAUAAUUGGAAGGCAUGAAAUAACUGAAAUAAAGUAUGUCAACCAUUGAAACAUUGUUUAUAAGCACCAAUGGGAAUUCGAUGAAGCUAGCUGAUGUUGUGUUUAGGAAAUCGUUCACCCAAAAAUGACAAUUUUCUCAUUGUUUACUCACCCUCAUUUCAUUCCAAACCCCUGUGCCUUUCUUUCUCCUGUGGAACACAAAAGGAUAUAUUUUAAAGAAUGUUGCAAUCACCAAUUUCCAUGCACUAAAAUUUGAUUGUGAUAUUUUAAAGCUUAAAAAGCACCAAAUAGUGUCAUAAAAAUAGUCAAUGUGACUUACUCUGAAGGAAUACAAUCUAUCUUCUGAAGGCAAUCACUUUGUUUGGACAACAGAUCAAAAUAUAAGUUGUUAUUCACUAUCAAAUCGAAUUGAUCUACUUAUGUCUGCAGACCCCAAAUUCAAAGAUAGCAGCACAGCAAUAAUAUCAAACCUCAUUGGUUUCUAUGUCUUUUUUAAGCUGUAAAGUGAGUCACUAUCAACUGCUAUUGUAUGGAAAUCAACAUGUUAUGGCAUUCUAUAAAAUAUAUCCUUUUGAGUUCUGCAGAAGAAAGAAAGUCAUAUGGGUUUGAAACAACAUGGUAAAUAAUGGAACAGAAUUUCAUUUUUGGGUGAACUGUCCCUUCUGUUGGCCUACAACAGGACUGGUCAGCAUUAUAAUAAAGUGCCCUGAUUUAGUGUGCAUGGCUCUGUCUGUGCGUGACUCAGUUUUAGCUGAUGGGUCAGAUUAUGACCCAUGGGUUUAGAAGCACAAGCACUGUUCAUGUCAGCAAACUCCCUGUGUGGAACAGAUACUGUAUCACUAAAUAGAACUGGAAAGGCCACAAGAGCCACGCAUCCACAGAAAUGGGUCAGAUUCUCUCAGACAGCAGAGUUUCCUCAGCAGUUAUCUGUGCUGAUUAGUGGCCAGUGGCUUUUAUUGGAAACCACUGGAGCUUCAUAUCAUAUCUUCAUCAUAGGAUUUCUGGGAAGGGAUAACCUCUUGGACAUGGCUUCUCACAUGAGGAGGUUUCCAGAUAUGUAGUUGAAAAUUGUCUCGCUCUUGUCUUUUUAUGAUACUUUUGAUUAAAACAAAACAAAAAAGGUUUCACUAUCAGCAUGUUGUGCUAGAAGCAUUUGUCAUUUCUGCCAAAAUAUAGUGAGCAGCUUAGUGUAGGGCAUUGAUAUUUUUUUUAAGUGUUUUUAAAUAAUAUAAGCAAAUACUGUACUUGUAUAAAAUGUGUCAAAUGUUCUUAAAUUUGUGAUUUGUUUGUGGUCAGUAUUUUAGACUGAAAAAGGAGAAAGGUUGAAAGGGAGAUAACAUUAUAGACAGGAAUUUGAAAGUAAAAUUUCUGUUUUCUAUACCGGCUCACUUAUGCAUUCUGCGAUGUGCAUAUACUAAUGAAAAAGUUUGUGCAUGAUUUACUGAGAACUACGAUCCCAUAGUUCUGCAUAAUAGACGUAUUAGCCUAGUGUUUUAGCGAGUGCACUUGACCUUUGUGUGUGCUUUGUUUCAUAUAUCUUUAAUGCUUUUUCUUGUGCCAAAGUAUUUUCCAGAAAAAGAGUAUGCAUUGAAAUAAAACUGAAACG